UUCUAUUUUUACGACAAUAAAAAAUCUGAGCUAGUUGUUUAUUGUAACUAAAUAUUAGAACAAGAUAUGUUUGGGCUUGAAAAAGAAAAUGAGGACAGUUACAUGGAACGCUUCGGCUAAACUUAUAUUACUUAUUAUUUAGUGUAGUCGUAAAAAUUCAAUUCAUUCUAAAUAAAAAUAGGCUCACAAAGCAAGAAUAGUUUUCCUUUUAGAAUGUGUUCAUGUCUAAAAGCGCAACAAUCAUUAGAAGCCUUUUUUACCAUUCCAAAGCCAAAGUCCACAAGAGAGUCUGGUCUUUGCACAUUGAUCCAGCAAAAGACUGUUCUUGGGCGUAAAAUGUUAAGAUUUCACUGAAGCUAUUUCUGUGUUGUAUAUGAUCAUCGUAUUGACUGUUGAAGGUUUUUACCUGAUCAAAAUCAGCUUCGUAGUACAUGACAUGUACAAUGGGCUUCAAUGGGACGGGAGUGGUUGGAUUAAAAUUUCAGUGAUCUCUUUCUCUGUCUGCUUCUGCUGAGCGGGUAGGCGUCGUGGAAAGGUACAAUGAUAUUAUGAAGUCCGCUGAAGAUUCAUGUUGGUGACUUGGGGUUGAGAGCUCCCUUAACAAUAUUGAUUUAGAAUCACGGUCUUUUUCAUGUAAUCUUAUCAUAUCGGAUAUUGUUAAUCAUUUAUGGGACAUUUAAAUUAAAAAAUGUAAGUAUAAUUAGUGUAAAUAGAUUUUAUAUUUAUACUAUGGAUAUCUUUUUUUAAAUUAUUGAUCAUCGUCGAUAAGGAAUAAGGGCAUUCAAGAGGCCGUCCAUUAAAUACAUGAACUUAAUAGUUGGGGGAGGUGGGGGGGGAUCAUGGGUGCCCGCAGAAAACUUUCCAGGGGGGGGGGGGCAAAAAAAAUCGAUAAACUUUCCAAAAAAAUUUUUAGAAAUGUUUUAAUAUAGUUUUAAUUUACUGUAGCGUAUUUGUAUGGUGAACGAAUGGACAGGACAUCAGCUUAGUUACUUUCUCUUUAUUUUCUCUUUACUUUAAUAAAAUUUAGGGGGGGGUGGCACGUGCCCCCCCUUGCCACUACCCGCGGGCGCCCAUGGGGGAUAUAUAUAUAUAUAUAUAUAUUUAUAUAUAUAUAUAUAUAUCAAUGUUCCCUUUAAGCUGCGCGACCGCGCAGCUAACACACAGACACCGCUCAGCAGUUUUGAGUAUCCGCGCAGCAAAUUUCCAUGUAAGUGUGUGUUUGUGGGCUGUAAAAUUUUGCACACAGAAAAAUUGAUGCUGUAAAACUUUGCACACAACUGUAUGAUUUUGCACACGAACCAACAAACCUUAGAGGGAACAUUGAUAUACCAGUAUAUGUGUGUGUGUGUGUGUGAGAGAGAGUCAGAUUGAAACUGAUAAUGCGUAGAAAUUAACACCUGCUCUUAAAAAGUGGGGGAAAAUGCUGCAGCUACUUGGAGUAGCUGCUAAAAGAAAGAGAGAGUUAAAAACGAAUUAUUGAACCAUUGAACAAAGAGAAAAUGCUUAUAUUUUUUAAGCCCAGAAUGGUUAGACUAGACGAGGAUGUAAUAUUAACAUUGAAAUAAUAAAUAAGCUGCUAUUAUGUGCUAUUGCAAUUUUAGCAAUAUUUGGCUUGUCAACGUUGUCAGCGUAAAGAUUUUAAAAAAUGAAAGAAAAAAAAAUAUUAAUAAAUUUCCUAACAAUAAUAGUUAGUAAAUUUAAUAUCACUGCUUUAAAUUCUGCUGUAAAGACUAGUCUUCUUCGUCUUCUGGUUGACAAGCCUGUGGUGGCUUGCCGAUUAGAAGGCGUCGGCCCUCGACGUUACCCGGGGGACAAGACCAUCAUUGCUUGUCCCACGUCGGAAGUCAAGGGCAUUCAAGGUACCUGCUGGAAUAAAAACAGCACCUGCAGGGCUGCCUACUGUGAAGUUUUACAGUUGGGAGUAAAGGCAUAGACAGGGUAUCAUGAUUAUAAGUUCCCGCUAAUGGAUAUGAGGCGAGAGGCUAAGGUGAAAGCCUCUGACCAAUGAUUCUAAAUACGCAGCCCUGAGAAAGCUGUUCCUAGGCAACCGUUUCGUCCCAGCUGUUUCGCAAACUAGUUGCGGGGUGGAAACCCACUGUAGAACCCCUCUUAAAGGGCAUCCGUCACUUCCCCGGGAUGGGUGGGGGAAGAUAUUGGGACGUUAAAACAUGCAUGGACUGCGGGAAAGCCGCCAUCCGCAAAUCCGAUCGAGCUGUUGCGGGUGGAGGCGGUCCGGGGAGGUCCCUGGCAUGCCGCCGCACGGCCUGGCGUCGGGGAGACCCGAUGCCUGGGCUCUGUGGAGGUACGUUGGGGAGGGCUUUAAGAGCUCACGCUCGACGGCCCACUGACGCCAUUUUCCAAUUGCCAAUGUGACAUAUUUAGUUCUUCUCCGAAGAUUUUUAUAUCUUAAGUCUUAAGCGUUAAAAAAUAUUUGUAUUUAUAUUUUUCUUGGAGGAGAGAUAAUUAAUGGACGGGCCUUAAGUAUGUUUUCUGCUUGUAUACUGCCAGUUCAUAUGCCAUUUGAUCAUUUAACAUAGUCUAUGACAUAACUAAGGAACAUACUUACAAUAUUAAUUUAUUUAUUUCAAGCAGUAUUUUAAAUUUUAGAAGAAAAGUUAACCUUUCAUUAUUUUUAAUUAUGUUUUUUUUAAGCGAAAUGUUUUAAAAACGUCAUCCUGAGAAGAUUAAGAUUGUCAAGGCCAAGGUGUCUGAUACUCUAAAUAUAAUAAUUAAAAUAACAAUUAUCAAAUGACGCAAAAUGGUUUGUGGAUAAUAAAGACAAGGAAGUACUUAUUUAAUGGUAACUCGAAAAAAAACGUGCAAUUAUAAUAGUGUCUAAGGUGAAACAAAAAUAUGAUUCGUUUUAAAUCUUACUCUCACUUAUGAUAAGUAAUAAUACUACUACUAAUACUUUAAGUUUAAGUUAAGUUAGUAACUAGUAAACUAGACCAGUUAAAGUGAAGACAGUGACAGCUAUAUAAUAAAACGAAGUGGCUAUUCGGACCCGGGUAUCAGAAGUGAGAGAUUAGGAUUUUUAAAAAAAAUAUUAUAAAAUGUAUAAAUAGGGCCUAUUAUUGUUGGGUUUGUAACACAAAAUUUGUUAUCAAAUGAAAGAUAAUUAAAUGGACUAAAUUAUAUUAGUUUGUAACUUACUAAACUUAGUUGACUCAAAUAAACGACGACAAAUGACAUUCGAAUAGCAUUUUCAUUCAUUUAGUUUAAGUUUUAGUCUUAAACUUAAAAUGACACGGGUAUGCAGUGGCAGUAUGCAUAGCCGCUAUCCGGACCCAGGUCCCUUUAGACUAGGGUGACCAAACUCCUGUAGUCCUGUAAAAACGGAAUUGUCCCGUACUUUCAUGAUAAUAGCUGGUGUCCCGAAAAAGUAUUGCAGGAUGCCUCAAUGUCCCGUUUCUAAAACCAAACAGGGCCAAUUUGGAGAGAUAGCACCUUGAUGUCAUUUGUAUGUCCUUUCCCUGGUUCCGAUAGGGUCAAAACCCUGGUUCCGUUAGGGUCCAAACCCUGAUUCCAAUAGGGUCAAAACACAGGUUAGGGAUAAGUUUAGGGUUCCGGUUAGGUUUAGGGAUAGAUUUAGGGUUCAGGUUAGGCAUAGGGAUACAUUUAGGGCAUAAAUUCGUGGGUCGCAGCAACCAAGAUGGUGGCCACUGUGCUAUCUCUCCAAAUUUACCCCAAACACAUUUUCACAUAUUUAAAAAGGAGAUUUUAACGAUGGCUGGGACAACAGCCAAAUAUCCUCAAUUUAAAUUUUAGACGAGAGAAAUUUAAUAUUAAUAUGUUGUGUUGUAUUGUGUUGUCGAAUAUGUAUAAUUUUUGUUUUUGUUUAUCAUAUGCUUCAGGGUUUAAAUUAAAUUACAAAAGUGAAGGUAAUUUAAAACGAUUUCUAGGUCUCAAAAUAGUUAAAAUGAGCAUAUUUCAAUAAAAAGUUUCCGGCGGAGGCACCCGGACCCCUCUUUAGCUGGAGGGUAUCCCCAACCCAUCCCCACCAACCCUCCUUGGGUGUGUCCCGUUUUUUCCAGUUCAUGAUUUGGUCACCCUACUUUAGACUAAAUGCUAUUUGGAUGUCAUUUGUGGUAGUUUAUUUAGUUAAACUGAAGAAGUAAGUUUACAAACAUAUAGCCCAUUCAAUUAUCUUUCAUUUGAUAGCAAAUUUUGUCUUACAAACCCAACAAUAAUAUUUUUAAUAUCUUUUAUUAAACCCGGGUCAGAACAGGCGCAGCCAUAAUAAAAUAUUUAGAUAGAGUCAGAGGCCUAGAUAAAUAUUAAAUAAUUAAAAAAUAAAAAUAUAGGCCUAUUUUAUAUGACUGUAUGGUAAAUCCUUAAAAAAAAAAAAGAACGCAACAAGAUUUAUUCAGGUUGUACCCUACCAUUUCAUAUAUAAUAAUUAAUAAUUUAAAAUAUAUUAUAUAUUUAUUUCAUUCUAAUCUACCUUUGGUCAGUAUAGUAUAAAAAGGGCAGGGGGGGGCGGCGAUUGCAAUCAGGAAUAGGCUAUACUUAUACGGUAUAGUAUCCUGAUUUCAGUCAUCACCCCCACCUUUUAUUACAUAAUUAGAUUGAUUAAAUAGAUAAUUACUAAUACUAGUAAUUAGAAGUUACAGUAAUUAGAGAAGUUCAAUAUAUAGAGUAGAGUUGUUUUUUUCUAAUGUAGUGAUAGUAUAGACUGGACUGUAACUGUAGUCUGUACAAAAUUUACAUUUAUAAUUUUUAUAGAUAGAUGGUAGAUAUUAGAUAAGUUCAAUGUAAAAAAUAUGUGUGGUUAUGUAAAUUGUGUGAUAUAUAACUUAAAGUCACUUAUAAUUAUAACAUAAUAAUAAUUACAAUAAAAUAUUGAUUGUUUAGUUAAAGAUUAGUGCGUUGGUAUAGUAGGAUUAUAGAAAACCUUUACCAUUGGGUAUUAAUAGAUAUUUAAAAGUAAAAGACUGCAUCACUAGUUAUCAAUAGUAUCUUGGGGGGAGGUAAAAACUUCGUAACGUCACAAUUUAACAAUUAAAAAAAAAAAUCUAAAAUUUUCUAAUUUUGAGAAAUCUUUAUUCUAUUAAUUAAAAAAAAAUUAAUUUGCGGUCGAAAUUGCCUCAGGUAUUAUAGGUAACGCGUACUUCAGUUGCACACACCUUUGGCGCAAAAACUGUUGUGGCCAUUUUACAUUCGGCGCGGGGAUGACAUCGUUGUUUCGCGUCACAGAUUUCUAAUAAUACUACAUUUUAAUCCAUUAUCAUUAUGGGAAAAUGCUAAAGAAUAAAAUAAAAUCUUAGUUAUGAAAAUUUUAUGUAUGUUUUGAUUUUUUUCGGUGUAACGUGGCACUAAAAGGGGUGGGGGGGGGGGAAGAGGUAAAGACACUUUGUGACAGGGCAGAGGGAGGGUUUAAAAAGGUCAUUUGCGUGACGUAAUUCGCGAACGACCCCUUGAAGUACCCAGUAUCUUCUAAAAGACCAUCCAUAAAUGACGGCACGCAAAUUUAGCAGAUUUUCAACCCCUUCUUCCCCAUCAUCACAAAUCCUCACCAAAAGUUAGCCCCCCCACCUCAAAUAUAGCAUCACAAAUCUCUGCACCCUUCCACCACUAUAAAAAAUCCCUCUGUCCACUACUGUUCUUUACUUUACAAAAUCUUAAGAAAUUCACCUCCCAUAGAUAAAUUAAUGCACCUGAGUCAGAAACAUUUCCCUAGAACAGUGGUUCUCAACCAGGGGUAAAAGCAUACCCUCAGCCCUGAGGUGUGGAAGACCCAGAAAAUUGUAUUUUCUGCCAUUGCUAGUUGCCUUUUAAAAAAAAAAAAAGUUUUUAUGCAUUUUGAUUAGCAGCAGUAAAUGUUAACUGGUGAAUUUUGUUUGCAAAUUACUUGUAUUGGUUUUUAAAACUUUUUUAUAGAAAGUUAUUUAAAGAAAUAAAACUAUGAUAACUAAAUUAUUUAAUUAUUUUCAAAUUUUUAAUUUCAUUAUAAUAUAAUUUAUACGGUUGGAGGAGAUGUUAAAAGCUGAAUGGGGCUGCAGCGCUGCAAGAAGGCUAAGAAUCCCUGCCCUGGAGUAUUUACUAAGAUCACCCCCCAAUUAUUUUCAUUCUAUCCCACUUCACUUAGUAGUCCUAAUUCUAUGACUCCCAUCUCCACAUUUCGACAUAAAUUCUCACGACUUUCAGUGUCACUGCACCCAUAUUCUCUUUCUCCAUGGUAGCCUGUAACUUGAUCAGAGGCCAUUUUUUUGGACCUCACAUACCUAUGCUGAUUCGUGGAUCAUAGAUUAAAUAUAAAACAAUUAUAAUUUUAUCAAAGAAUAAUGUAAAAAAUGUCUGUAAUUUAGUGUUAUUAAGUGCAUUUUUUUCACUAUAAUUUUCCACUGUUAAUUUGAUGGCACAUUGUAAACACCCCCCCCCCCCCCCCCCCCCCCCCCCCNNCCCCCCCAAUCACACAUUGUUACAAAAAUGUACCCCUGACUCCCCGAAGAUGCUUUAUGUCAUUUAAGGAUGGCUGCUAAUUCUAUUUCUAAAACAAUAAUAAGUCUAAAAUUAAAUUAAUAUAAACAUAAAUUAAGAUUGCAUAUGCCAUUAGACUAAUAUAAAAGAGCUAUUUAAAAAAAAAUGUUUGUAUGGUUAAAACUAUUUUUACCUGAUGAGUUACUAUAUGUCAACUUGUCUAGGCUAAAUAAUAUAUUAACAUGAUAAAUAUUCAAUAUAGGCCUUCAAACUUUGCAAUAUUUAUUUUACAUUAAUUUAUCAUACAGGGUUAGUUAAUGCCCUCUGCUGGCCUUAGAUUGGACUAGUAUUUUGAAAAUGUCCAGGAAGCUAAAGUUAACAGAUUCCCUUUGGCUUGGAAUAGACAUUGGCACCUCCUCUGUAAAAGCAGUGCUCAUAAAUUUUGAUGGAGACACUAUUUUAUCAAAAUCUCUCCCUACCAUGUCGGAAGUCAAAAGUGGCAUUGGAUGUUCUGGGUAUGAGCAAAAUCCACAAAAAUGUCUCAAGACAGUUCAUGAUUUGGUUUUGCCUUUAAUUGAAAAAGAAAAACACAGAAUUAAUGGUAAUGUCUUUUAUUAGCCUUAUUUUAAUUUAUGUUUUAUUAUGAUAAUCUUCCAUUACUGUCUGCUUUUCUUGAAAAUUCUAUACAGGCUGUUUACUAUUUCUAUUCCCAAUUUUGAGACUUAAAUGUUAUUGUACUGGUGUGAUUUAAAAUUAUAAAAUAUAUGUGAUACAUUAAAAAAGUGUGCCAUUGCCUUGUCCAAAUUUAAUCCUCUGUUUUCAAUGUCCUAAUUUAACCCUCUGUUUUCAAUGUCCUAAUUUAACCCUUUGUUUUCAAUGUCCCAAUUUAACCCUCUGUUUUCAAUGUCCUAACUUAACCCUCUGUUUUCAGUGUCCUAAUUCAACCCACUGUUUUCAAAGUCCUAAUUUAACCCUUUGUUUUCAAUGUCCCAAUUUAACCCUCUGUUUUCAAUGUCCUAACUUAACCCUCUGUUUUCAGUGUCCUAAUUCAACCCACUGUUUUCAAAGGCCAAUGUCUAAAAGCUAAGGCACAAAAUCUGUUGGCCUAUAUUAAUUGCUUAAUUAAAAGCCAAUUGUUUUAUGUGUAGGAUAACAUAUAAUAAAAAAGAAAAUGGAGAUGGAAAUUCACUCCUUGACAAAUCCAAGAUCAAGAUUUAAAAUUAAAUGACAUUAUAUCCAACAAAAUUGUUACAUGAAAUGAUGCAAAAACAUGAAGAGAUUUAGAUAAUGUUAAAGAAUUGCAGAAGUUUAAUUUGAAUAUAAGUCCUCCCAUUAGUUGUCACUAUGAACUUUUUUUUUAUUUUGGUUUGUUCCUGUUCCUCUUGUGACUGUGAUGGAAACUCUAGUCCUGUUAUGUUUCAGCCCUUCCUCCACCUUGUCCCCACUUUCCUACUGUUUAAUAGGAAAUUAAGUUUGACAUUUGCUUAACAGGAAUUGGUGUCACUGGCCAAAUGCAUGGAGUUGUUUUUUGGCAUAAAUCUAAAGAUAAAAUUGAAAGUUUGGAGUGUAUUGACGAAAGUCUCAGUAGUAACCUGUACACAUGGCAGGAUCAAAGAUGUUCAUCUGAAUUUUUGGGUAAGACUUAGAUCUAUAAAAAAUAAAAUGCACUAGGCAAGCAAAUUGAUAUUUGAAAUUCAUUGUCUUCUGGCUUUAAACCUUUAUUGCAAAUUUUAUAAUAGGGCAGUGAUGUAUGCCUAGUCAGUCAUGCACCCUCUGAAUUCUAAUGAACCGGUGAAGGUCUCUUUGGCUCAGAAUGGAGAAAAACGGGGUGAAAGCAAAUGUUCCAUACUGUGUGCUUUAGAUUUAUUUACAAAUAAAACCCCCCCUAUAACAGUAAAGAAAAGGAAUUUAAAAUUCUAUUACUUCUUUACAAUUUAAAUCUAUAGAGGCACUUCCAAAGUGGGGCAGCUCCCUCCAGUGUUUGUCUACUGGCUAUGGCUGUGCCACCAUGUUCUGGCUGGCAAGAAAUCACCCAACAUUUUUCAGAGAUGGAGAGUAUUGCUCCUGUGGAACUAUCAUGGAUUUUUUGGUAGCCAUUUUAUGUGACAUUGACCAUCCGGUAACAUCAGACCAACUUGCAGCUAGUCUGGGCUAUUUUGAUGAAACUACUUUAGGGUGGAGCUCUGUAUUGUAAGAUAUUUUGAAUAAGCAUUUUCUUUAAUAAAUACCAAUAUAAAAAAUAUAUACCGGUAAUUAAAAAAUUACCUCUAAUUAAAAAAUUACCUCUGUAAUAUCAAUAAAGCUAUGAAAUAAAGUCUAGGCAAAUACUAAUAUGAUAAAAUAAAAUAUGUUUAAUUGCGGGAAAAUAGCAUAAUAGAUGAAGAAAAAUGUAAUUAGGAUAGUUCAUACGUGUCCAAGUCCAACCUGUAAAGUGUAGUGCUAAAUUUUCAGUUUCUGCCUUGUUUGUGAAUAUAUUAAAUAAAUAAAUCUUUGAAUAGCAAUAGUAAACCCAAUGAAUUCAAAAUUAAUAAAUAUGCCUAUGCGGCUAAAUUUAUUCACUAUUAAUAAAAUAACAUGCAACUAUUGUAAAAAUUCUUAAAGUAACUUUUAUAAUUUAAUAUUCAUUUCAUUCAUAAUCAAAUUACCUCUUUCUGCAACUUCUGUAUCUAUUAAAAUGAUUGUAUAGCAAGCUACCUACUGCUUUAAAACACUCUAAGCAACAAUGUAUUUUGGAGAGUAUCGAUGCAGCAAACUCUAACUUGACCACCAAGUCAUAAUUAUUUGCACCAAGCCUUCAGUGUUGAUAUCAUAUAAUUUGAAAGCUAAACAAAUUAACAGGCAGCUUCUCUGCCCAACUGCAAUCAUCAAAAACACACAUUAUUUUUUUAGGUAUAAUAAAACUUGAAGUUUUACAUGAGUUCUGGUGUCAAGAUCUGUAAUGUUAUUGUCAAACAAACUUUAAGUUAUUUCAAUUUAAUUUGUCAAAUGUAUACCUGUUUAAGUAAUUUAUUUGAUUAAUUACACACUCUCAAAAGCGAAGUAAUACCAAGUCAAAUAAAAAGAUUUAUAUAUAUAUUUUUAUGUUAUUAAUGUUAUAUUUUAGACAAGAUGUCGAUGAGUUCCCUCUCCAUUUAUUGCCAAAAGUUGUGGCAGCUGGGACCCAAGUAGGGGAAGUCUGUGCUUCACUAAAUGGUUGGCCAGCUGGAGUUCCAGUGUUUGUUGGAAUGGGAGAUGUGCAAUGUGCUAUGUAUGAUGUGCUAAAGAAUACUAGUGAUGCAGGUAGGACAAUAUAUUUUGCAAUCUGAUAUGAUCAGUUAACAGUAUGUCAGUUGUCUCCCCUGAAAUGUGAUUAUUUUCCUUCACUUUGUCGCCUAUAAUAUAAUAUAUGACUUCGUAUAGUGUGAUGUGUACUGCAUUUUUAAAACUAAAUUUUUUGAAUUAUGUUUUCUAUACAUUUGAACCUCUAUCUUUGAUAAAGUUAUUUUUAAAAUAAUUUUCAAUUUUAAUUUCUAUCAUAAAUAAAAAUGUGAAUAAUGUUUAUAUUUUAUUGAAUAUCAUAUAAAAAAUGGUGUUAAUAGAACUUUGUAAUGGGUAAAAUACACAUUUUUGUUUCUUCUCUUCUUAAUUUUUUGAAGAAUUUAAGUAAUUUUUAAAAUAUAUUGUAAGGUAAUGAAAUUUAAAGUCUGUAGUGAGUCAGUCAUGCCUUACUUCCCCUAAAAUUGUUGUGUUUUACUUGACUAUUUUUUUCUAUAGUAUAUGACAAGGAAUAAUUCAUAAAUAGAUCUAUGCAAAUGUAUGUAUGUAUAUUAGCAUUACCAUAAAUCAUUCUAAAUUUCAAUCUAGUUAAAUAACCUCUUAAACCUGAGAUUCUCUAGCUGAUUGUGCAUGUACAACUAGUGGUAAAUUAUAUUGAUCUUGCAUAGAUCUAGAAGAUAUUAAACAAUGUAAUAAAAGACCAAUAUAAAUGUAGAUAUCCAUGUCAGGUGACAAUAUAUUACAUACACAAGGUGGUACAGCAAUUAUUAGCAUUUAUUCAAGUGGUAAAAACUUUACAAAAGUUUGAGAACCCCUUUGUUAUUUAUGACUAUUUACAACAGAAAACAUAUGCUGUGACACACAUAAUUAAGACCAGAAACAUAUUAAAAAUGGCAUUUGUAUUUAUUUCAACACAACCAUACAUUGAAUGGCUUACUCUCAUGUCUUGUGUGUUUAUUUAAAAAUAUAUUGAUGGAUUUGAUAUUAAGUACACAGUCAUUACCUUAUACUAUGUACGUUAUAAGAAGUAAAAAAAGGUGAAAGUUUACAACUGAGUAUGAAGGAAUAAUAAAUUGACCCUCCUCAACUAAAAUAUGAUGAAAUAAAUUAUUAUAAUUCAAAAUAUUUUUCUAUUAAGGCUUAAAUAAAUUAAACGAGCCUGCACUCAAAAAUUUUAAUCUAUGACACAUCAAAUAAAGUAGGUCCAACUUUAAUAUUCUGAAGUGAGUGUUUAUUUUGUGGUCACAUAUUUAUCAUCUAACUUAAUGCUCUUUAAAAAUUCCUUACUGAUUAAAAUUCCUAGUCUACCCACUUUAUAAACAGACACAUUUGGUCCAUUGACAUAGACUGCCUCAAUAUUUAUUUUAUCAUGAUAAAAAGCACUUGUUUGUAUAGCAAUGCUGGUAGAUUAGCUGGUGUUAGUAGAUUAUCUAGCACUGGCCUGUAUCAUAUCUUAUUAAAAAUAUGGAAAUUCACAAUGCCAUGAAUAUGCCUGCAGGCCAGUAAACGUAAAAUCUCCCACAUUGAUGUAUUGACAUUUGUUUCCUGAAUUCAGUAAUGAACCAUUCCCUUCAAGCAUCUAUAUGCUAAUGCAUGCAAUAAAUCUCUUAAUUUCCAGCUUUGAAGUUCAAGAUCUAAAUUGUAAUCAUUUUAAAAUUGUCAUAGUUGAAAUUAGCAAAAAAAAAUUUUAAAUCUUCUUGUUCAAGCCUAGAUGAAAUAAUUUCAGAAAUAUUGAUUUGAUGUCUAGUCUUAAAUGAGUAUUCGAGGUAUAACCUUGCUGUAAAUUAGCAUGACCAUAGUUCCUUAAAAAAAGUUUUAAAAAAUAAAUUUUAAUACAGUUCAAUUUUUCUCAUUUUUAAAUGGUCGGUUCACAAUUUGUUCAUGUUUACUUGUGGACGAACCGACAUGUAUUGCUCACUUGAUUCAGAUGAAAACCUUAGAUUUAUUUUAACAUGUGCUCAGUGGUGGUAUUUUUCUUCACUUGUGUCGGAUUAUGGUCCUUGAUGGUGUCUGUUUGACAAUUGUUGUUGGGCCGCCAACUUCCUUUAUAACCUCUUUGCUGCGUCUUCCAGUUCUGCUCACUUUCUUCAUGACGUCAUACUCCUUGCCUGUCUCCAAGUCUGUGACAUGAGAUAAUGUUUUUCUCCUCCCAACUUUUAUGCUCUCAACAACUUGCGUUUGAUGGGGUUGGAUAAAGCUGGGUCUCACCAAUGGUGGAAGUCCAGUUAACAGAUUCCUACUGAGAGAGGGUGGUUGCAUGUAGCCUUCUGCUGCAGGUGGCUGGGCAUGGUAGUAACCGGGUGGUUCAUGUUGCUGUGUUUGAAAUAGUUCUUGGGUCCCAACUGGUUGCUGGUCAUCAAUAGGAAAUUUCUGGUCUGAUGGAAUUUCAGGGAGUGUCUGUCUGGGACUGGUCUGUGUGUGGACUGAUCCAUAGUUUUGUUGAUAAGGUUGGUUGGUGUACAUAAUGUUAACGUACCCUCCUGAUGCAUAUUCUGUGUACUCUUGCGGUGCCUCAGAAUAUGGUGGAGGCGCUAGCAAAUCACUCGUCAUUUCUGCAGUUUGGCUUGAGUUGGCUGUAAGUUAUAAAAAUAUUAUAAUUAAAAGAAAUUAAAAACUUUUAAAAAAGAUUUAAAUCAAACCUUUCAGACUUUAAUUCUGUUACAAGUUACAAGCGAUGUUUUAAUUUGAAUUGUGCUGGUCUUUAUUCUAAUUUUGAAAAAAUUAAAAUACACAUUUAAAAAGUGAGGAUCAGGACCUUUCAAAUUAAUACUUCACUUUAUUUAUUUGGAAUAAGGCUUGUUGUACUGAAACUUUUAUCAAUAAAAUAGUUAGAAAAGCUUCACUUGAUUUAUUAUGACUAUAAAAUAAACGAGGAAUAUCUGUGAAAGAAAUUUAUUUACCUCCAAAUUUUUGUUCAUCCAUUUGGAAAUUUGAAUUUGUAAGUCACACAAAAAUUUUCUGCCAAUAUCUUAAGAUGUCAAUGCUGAAGUAAAUAUAGUAUAUUAAUUCCCAAUGUAGAAAUAUACUUCUAAAAUGUAUUGCUGUCCUGUAAAACUGUCAUAAAGAAAUUAGUUGAUCACCAAGACUAUCAUACUCCAAAUAAAAUUACCUGGGCUACCUGUAAUUAUGCUACAACUGAACUUUUAUUCAUGAAGAUAAAAACUUGAUUCAGAAAUAAGGUGUUAAACAUAAAGCUGCAAUUUUAUUGGCUUGUCACAGUCACAAGACUUGACCUAUAAAUAGCACAAACCAGGAGUGUACACAUAAGAGCAAAAUUAGACUAGAAGUAAUAGAAGUUGUAGGGAUAUUGUAUAACCUUUAGUCUACUGAACUUUGUCACAUGGAUUAAACUUCUGAGUCUAUUGUAUCUUGAAAGAUAAAAAGUUGAAAUUUUUAAGAACUAUGGACUACAUACAUGGUUACAAAGUAUAAUAAUAAAUAAAUCAUUACCCAAUGCUUAUGGGUCAGGUUUAGGGGAGGGGGCUGAAAUGUUAGUAUCAAUGCCAGCUUAAACAAAAAAUGAGAAAAAACCUUGUGUUUGAAACCAACUUAUACUAAUAUAAAAACUUCAUCAAUUUAAAAUGUUUAAUAAUUUAGAACCCAUGGCUUCUUUUGUCUUUAGUAUAAGUCAUGAUUGCCCACAGUUACCAACACUGGUGACCUUAAAGAAAGUAAUCUGUAGCUAAUGGAAAUAAAACUAAGGGAGAUUGGGGAGAAUUAAAAAUCGCUCAAGAUUGUUACCAAUGCAAAAUUUCAUUUAGUGAAGUAAGUUUUUUUUAACUUUUACAUGAAACAAAUAAAAUUGAACAUGAUAAAUACACAUUUAAUUUAGUCAAUGGGUAAAUCCAAGGUUUCAAAUUAAUGCAUAAUGAAUAAACUGGUUUAAUUGAUUAAACUGGUUUAAUCUUUUGAUUACUACCAAUUCCCACUCAUUAUUUCAGAAGUAAUCAUUACUUUGACAGACUUGUGAAUACAGCUGCCAGCAUUAGCACAUCCGUACAAUUUGUUUUAGCACGGAACUCGUGUGUAAAAACUGUGGUAAAGACUGUCACUCAAGGAUAGGACUGCACAGCCACUCGAGAAAAUGCAACCCAACCAAACGGUGAUGCACCAUCAUCUCACGAGACGGAAGGAUGCCGAUUAUUACAAUUUGUUUUACUCAAGUAAUGGUUACUUUUGGUGUUCCUGAAGUAAUGAUUAUUUUUUUAUGUGCUUGUUAUUUCAGCUGUCAAUAUCAGCACAUCCAUACAACUGGGCUUUGUAGUACCUGGCCAUGAACUUGAACUAGUCCAACAGCAAUCGCCUUCCAGUAUUUCAUAUUUUCCUUAUUUCAAUGGCAACAAAUUGGCUUUGUGUGCUGGACUCAAUGGAGGAAAUGCCAUUCAUCACUUUGUGCAGUGUAUCACAAAAUGGUUUACAGAUCUUGGUAAAAAUAUUUUAGAUUUUUUAUAUAACUAACUGUUGGAACAUGUGGCCCUAGAGAGAACAGUGGGCCAAAUGGUACAUGUGGACCUAGAUAGGACAGUUGGCCAAAUGGUUCAUGUAGACCUAGAUAGGACAGUUGGCCAAAUGGUUCAUGUAGACCUAGAUAGGACAGUUGGCCAAAUGGUUCAUGUAGACCUAGAUAGGACAGUUGGCCAAAUGGUUCAUGUAGACCUAGAUAGGGCAGUUGGCCAAAUGGUUAAUGUAGACCUAGAUAGGACAGUUGGCCAAAUGGUUCAUGUAGACCUAGAUAGGACAGUUGGCAAAAUGGUACAUGUGGACCUAGAUAGGACAGUUGGCCACAUGGUUCAUGUAGACCUAGAUAGGACAGUUGGGCAAAUGGUUCAUGUAGACCUAGAUAGGACAGUUGGGCAAAUGGUUCAUGUAGACCUAGAUAGGACAGUUGGCCAAAUGGUACAUGUGGACCUAGAUAGGACAGUUGGGCAAAUGGUUCAUGUAGACCUAGAUAGGACAGUUGGGCAAAUGGUACUUGUAGACCUAGAUAGGACAGUUGGUGAAAUGGUUCAUGAAGACCUAGGUAGGACAGUUGGUGAAAUGGUAAAAGUAGCCCUAAAUAGGACAGAUGGUCAAUGGUACUUGUAGACCUAAAUAGGACAGAUGGCCAAUGGUACUUGUAGACCUAGAUAGGACAGUUGGGCAAAUGGUAAAAGUAGCCCUUAAUAGGACAGAUGGCCAAAUGUACACAUGGUCUUAGAUAGGACAGUUUCCCAAAUAGACUUUCAGUAUCAGCUCAGUUUGAUACAAAGAAUGUAAUUUGGCAUGUAACAUAUUAUAUUAUAACAAGUGUGCCCUUGUCACUGUCAUGUGACACUAGAAACUGUUCCAUUAAAAUAUUCCUCAAUGGUUUUGAUAUCUUAGUCAAAUCUAUAAUUAGAAAAUAGUAAUAUUUUCAAGCUGUUUAUUAUUAAUAUUAGGUUACAUGGUGAGUGGGUUGUUAAAGCUAUGAUAUGGAAGGUAGAAUAAUAUAUUUAAAAUAAUAAAGCAAUGAUAUGGAAGAAAGAUUAAUAUAUUUAAAAUAAUACAGCUAUGAUAUGGAAGGUAAAAUAAUAUAUUUAAAAUGAGAAUUAGUUAAGCAGCCAGGAUACACAUCCUUUGUUUUUAUUUUGGGUUUUCACACUCUGUAAUUUAUCAGUUCAUGACAAUUGGUUUUUAAAAAUAUAGAAAUUAAAUAUCUUUGAUGCUUUUUUGUUUUUAAAAUGUGGCCAAAAUGAUUGUCUUAAUUCAAUUAUUCUAGGACUAAUUGAUGGGAUAAAUCCAGAUGACCUCCUUCCAAAGUUGCAAGAGUUGGCAGAAAAACAGAUGAAUGUGAAUAACACAUUAAUUGUGCGUCCAAUAUUUUUCGGGGAGCGGCACAACACCGGCCUUGCAGGACAUAUCUCUGGUUUCAAUUCAACAAAUUUUUCUGACAUAGGUGCCAUUUUUAAAUUGUUGUGUGAGGGCGUGGUGGACCACUUACAUGACAUGGUGCCUCUCAAAUUCCUUUUGAGCAGAGGGAUUAAUCAACUGUUAAUCUCUGGAUCAGUGCCUGUCAAUAACCCAAUAGUUAAACAGAGAUUAAAACAACUGUAUGAAGAUAUUGCAGUGACCCUGGACCUGAAGGAAACUGAUGCAGUAAGUUCUGCCAUUGGAGCUGCUAAAUUAGUAAGAGACCGGACAACUGAUGUUAGAAUAUGAGGGAUUACGUUUCUUAUUGCGCAUUUAGAAAAUGGUGGUAACAAGUUGCCAUUUGAGCUGCCAAGUUGGGAAAGGAUGUUAAAUUAUGAAGUUAAACUUUUCUUGUUGUUAACAAUAUUUCUUUUUGGUUUAGUAUUUUAUUUUUUUAAAAUCUUGAUUGUGUCCUUUUUUUAUAUUACAAUUUAAACAAAAGUUGACAGCAACAGUGACAUAAGUUCAUUAUGAGUGAGUUUAAGCAAAGGGAAGAGGGAAAUAGAGAAAUAAAUAUAUUUCAAGAAAUAUCAGGUACCAUAACACUGUUUCUUCUGCAUGUGGCUGGCAAAUGGUUAUUUAAUCAGGUUUUUAUGAGAGGAAAGGUUUGAUAGAAAUAACAUCUGAAGGUAAAUGUGAAUUAAGCAAACAUUUUUAUGAUUGAGUCGAAUGACUGAUCUCUUGGCUGGCGAAGAUAAUUGUAGAUUGAUUGAUUAAAGAUGUAUUGAAACAAAA